AUGAGCCGUACAUGGGCUGUGCAGCAGCAGCCCCACCACAUAGCGUCUCAGCGUCCUGGCAGGCAGCGACCCGGGCUGCUGUCCACCCGAGCCAGCAGCACGGAGCCGCAGCAAGGCGCGCAGCCGCCGGCGGUGGCGCCGACGCAGCAGCAGACGCAGGCGCAGGUGGGCGCCUCCGCCGCCGCCUCCUCCAACACUUACGAGUUCACCUACCAUGGCAGCGACGGCCGCAUGAAAGCCACGUUUGAACAGGCCUUCAAAAACGUCGGCCGCAGCGGCGGCAGCAGCAGCAGCGCCCGCACGGCCGGCGGCGGGCCGGCGGCCCCCUGGGCGCUGAGCUACCAAAUGGCUGAAAAGUACACGCUGUGGAACGACGACCUCAAGACCCGCCUGCUGAAGCGCGUGGCGGCCAACGAGCUGGGCAUCGGCGACGAGGAGCUGGAGGCGCGGCUGGUGCGGCUGCAGCUGCUGCUCCCCGACAUCCAGACCAAGCUGGCGGGCAUGAAGGCGCGGGUGGUGGCGCGCCUGGCGGGCGACGUGGAGCAGCUGCCCGCGCGGCUGCUGCGCCUCAAGGCCAUCUUCCCGGGGGCCAACACCUCGCUGCUGGCCAUGCGGCAGCCGGAGCUGGUGCUGGGGUUCGACCUGGAGCGGCUGCAGGGGAUUGCGGAGGAGCUGCGCCAGAUGCUGCCCAUCCUGGACAUUGACCGGCUGGUGGAGGCCAACCCCGCCAUGCUAGAUGUGCCGGGCCUGCAAAAGGCGAUGGCAGAGGCGCAACGCAUCAUGCCGCAGCUGGAUGUGCAGAAGGCGAUGGCCACCGACCCGCAGCUCAUCUUCUCCUUCCAGACCGGCAACCAGCUCAUACCAUAUGAUCAGUUCCAACCUGAGGGUGCCGCAGCCGAGGACGACGAUGAAUACGCGGCAUACUAUGAGUAG